UACAGCAGGACGGAGUCUCAGCUCCAGUUGUUGAUUUUCCCUCAGACUGAUUUUUCCGUUUGGGAUUUUUUUCGGCUUUAAAACAUUUGUGCAGGAUUUCGGAGCGGAGAUAUUUUUCCUACGAGUGACUUUCUGUUGAUUCGUUUCUACUCGAAGGCUUAAGUCUGAUCGGCUGCCAUGACGACAGAGGCGGGGUCAGAGGCGGAGGUGAAGAAGGAGCCGGAGGAGCAGCAGUCUGAGGAGCAGCAGGCGGAGGACCCCAGCACAGAGAGCACGCAGAACACUGACACAGAACCUCAACCUGCCCCGGAGAACCCUCAGAACCUUGAGAACCCAGAGAACGUGGAGGCGGAGCCUGCUGAGCCCACAAGCCCCGCCUCUUCCAGCGGGCAGAAGAAGGACAAGGGCAUCUCUCGCUUCCUGCCUUCAUGGGGCAAACGGCAGAAAUCCCUAAGCCAAGUGGAGUCUAAAGACACGCCCACUCAGACACAGGAAGAGGAAGAGGCGGAGCCAAAGGGAGAAGGCGAGUCACCUGAGAGGAAGCAAGAGCAGAACUCUGUGUGUAGCUCAGAGACACAGCCAGGGAACGAGGAGUCUGAGAAGAAAGGAGCAGAGGAGCAGAGCACCGUCGUGUCUCCUCUGAAACCUGGAAAGAAGAUGAAGAUGGUGGUGUGUCAUGUGACCAUGCUGGACGGGAGCCAGUUCCAGUGUGAGGUGGAGAAGCGGGCCAAGGGUCAGCUCCUGUUUCAGAAAGUGUGUGAACACCUGAACCUCCUGGAGAAGGAUUAUUUUGGGCUGAGCUUCAAAGACAACGCAGACCAGAGGUGCUGGCUUGAUCCGAUGAAGGAGAUCAAACGUCAGAUUCGCAACUCUCAGUGGCAGUUUGCUUUCAACGUGAAGUUUUAUCCGGAUCCCUCACAGCUCUCUGAGGACCUCACCAGGUAUCUGCUGUGUCUGCAGUUGAGGCAGGACAUCGUGUCUGGUCGGUUGCCGUGUUCCUUCGUCACUUUGGCUCUGCUCGGCUCCUACACCUUACAGGCGGAGCUCGGAGAUCACGACACGGCCGAGCAGCAGCUUCACUCCAUCGCUGACUUCCAGCUUGCUAAAGAUCAAACCAAAGAGCUUGAGGAAAAAGUUCUGGAGCUGCACAAGUCCUACAGGGGAAUGUCUCCAGCUCAGGCUGAUGCUAAUUUUUUGGAAAAUGCCAAAAAGCUGUCCAUGUACGGUGUUGACCUUCAUCAUGCAAAGGACUCAGAAGGCGUGGACAUCAUGUUAGGAGUGUGUGCUAAUGGUCUGUUGAUCUACAAAGACUGCCUGAGGAUCAACCGCUUUGCCUGGCCAAAGAUUCUCAAGAUUUCUUACAAACGCAGCAACUUUUACAUCAAGAUCAGACCAGGAGAGGCGGAGCAGUUUGAGAGCACAGUGGGAUUUAAGCUGCCCAAUUAUCGUGCUGCUAAGAGGGUUUGGAAAGUCUGUGUAGAGCAUCACACCUUCUUCAGGUUGUCGAAUCCGGAGCCACCAACUAAGUCGAAGUUCCUGACUCUGGGUUCUAGGUUCCGUUACAGCGGGAGAACCCAGGCUCAGACCCGACAGGCCAGCACUCUGAUCGACCGACCUGCUCCACACUUCCUCCGCACAGGCAGCAAACGCAGCUCACGCAGCCUUGACACUGCUCCUGCGAGCGAUCGCGGUUACGGCGAGAACGGCCGUGACCCCGCCCUGGACCUGUCGUCCGAUUCCAAGAUUCCACAGGUGAAAGAGGGGGCGGAGCCUGGAGAGGCCACAGCCACAGAAGUUGCUGCUGAACCCGUAGCUGAGACUGAAACAGACGGACCUGAUGCUUCUAAAUCCAAGAGCAAGCUGAGAGUGCAGGGAGAGAAUAUUUAUGUCAGACAUAGCAAUCUAAUGCUGGAGGAUCUGGAUAAGACUCAGGAGGAUGUUUUGAGGCAUCAGGCUAGCAUUAGCGAGCUAAAACGCAGUUUUAUGGAGGCGGCUCCAGAACCUCGGCCCAGUCAGUGGGAAAAGCGUCUGACGGGCAGCCCCGCCGCAACCAUCCUGCGUCCGCCUGUCCCAGGGAUAAACCCCGCCCACCUCGAGAGCGCACUGUGUGACAGCGAUGACAUCAGCAAGAACGAACAGAAUUCAGGGCUUAACGGUCAGCCCGAGGUUAUAGAAGUCAUGGAGGAGAUCAUCGUUAUCGAAGAGGGCAAAAGAACUAAGCCCAAAAGCCCGGUCCCUGAUGUGUUCACCGAUGUAACCAUGGUUACAGAGAAAGCCCCGGAAGCAAAGGAAGAGGAGGAGGAGCCGGAAAAGAGCGGGUCGUCAGAGAGCGAGAGCGAAGAGGAGGCGGAGUAUCACGCUCAGCUUCCCACCUCCACAGACUCCACCCAUCUUAUCAAAGAAGAGCCUGAAGAAGAGCAGGAACAAGAGGUGGAGCUUAAUGAAGAAGCCACACCUACAGAGGUGGAGCUCCAGCCAGUGAGCGAGUCCUUGAAAGAAGAGAAGCCAUCAGCACAGGCAGAAGAGGACGUGUCAGGAGAUGACGUCUUGGUGACACCCGAUGAAGCACCCAAUGGUCACGCUGAUGAAGCUGAAGCUCCACCCACUCCAUGUGCUGUGGCUGAGGAGCAAGAGGAGGAGACUCGUGUCAUCAACGGUGACGCGUCUCACAUGGAAACGGAGCGCGUCCCGCAGGUGAUCUGUUGCUCGGAGCCCCCGGUGGUGAAAACAGAAAUGGUGACCAUCUCAGACACUUUUGCAGCUCAGAAGACGGAGAUCACCACGACGGAGGUCCCCAUCGUUCACACGGAAACCAAAACCAUCACAUACGAAGCUGCUCAGACGGAUGGUGCCGGAGAUGGUGAGCCCGGUGUACUCAUGACAGCUCAGACCAUCACCUCGGAGUCUCUGUGUACAACCACUACUACACACAUCACCAAGACACUAAAAGGCGGGCUCUCAGAAACACGGAUCGAGAAGCGCAUCGUCAUCACAGGCGACUCUGACAUCGAUCAUGACCAGGCCUUAGCCCAGGCCAUAAAGGAAGCCAAAGAGCAGCACCCGGACAUGUCUGUGACCCGUGUGGUGGUGCACAAGGAGACGGAGCUGUCUGAGGACGAGGAGUAAAGAGCUGAAGCCUGUGUUUCAUCUUUUAUUGAGUUUCUGGUGGACAUCUCCCCCUGCGCCCCCCCGCGUCCCCCUGCGUCCCCCCAGCGAGUGAUGGUGUCUCUCAGUGAGGACGAGAUCGAGGACGAUGCCGAUGCUCUGUUUAUCGUUAAAAGAAACCGAACCACUUCAGCUAAUAUUUUGUAGUGUUUAUUAUUGUUUUUAUUAUUUUAAAUUUUUUUCCCCUAAAAUAUUGUUCGAUGUUUAUUACUCCAGAUCGGAUCCCCUCCCCCCACCCCACCCCUCCCCCCACCGACCCCAUGAUGAGUUUUACAGAGUUGCUAUUGAAGGUCCACUCGGGUGGAUAAAGCCCACUUCUAUACUCUAUACUCUCUCUAUAUAAAUAUAUAUUUAAUAAAAAAAACUGUUUUGGUCACGGACCAUUUUUUUAAGUGGGAGGGGUUUAAUGUUUUUAAGGAGAAGUAGGCGGGGCUUCUGAUGAACCGCAGUCUCAUUGGCGUGUUUUUAGGGACCAGCUUGUGUUGGUUUACUUGCACAUCAGUGCCAAUCCUUCCUCUAGACACACACACACACUCACAGACACACACUCACACAUAUACACACUCACAGACACACACUUGCACAUAUAUACAUUCUCACACUCACACACAGACACUCUCACACAGACAAACACACACACACUCACAUUCACACACACACAGACAAACACACAUAUACACUCACAGACACACACACACUCACACACAAACACACUCACACACCCAGAUAUACACACACAGACACACACACAUAUAUAUAUAUAUAUAUAUAUAUAUAUAUAUACACACACAGACACACAUAUAUACACACACAGACACACACACCAUAUAUAUAUAUAUAUAUAUAUAUAUAUAUAUAUAUAUAUAUAUAUAUAUACACACACAGACACACAUAUAUACACACACACACUCACAGACACACACUCACACAUAUAUACACUCACAGACACACAUUCUCACACACACUCACACACACAGGCACACACACUCACAUUCUCACACACACAUUCACAUUCUCACACACACACACACAUUCACAUUCUCACACACACACACACAGACAAACACACACAUAUAUACACUCACAGACACACACACACUCACACACACACAAACACACACACAGACACACAUAUACACACACACACUCACACACACAAACACACUCACACACCCAGACAGACACACAGACUCUCACAGACACACAUAUAUACACACACACACAUAUAUAUAUAUAUAUACACACAGACACACAUAUAUAUAUAUACACACACACACUCACAGACACACACUCACAUUCUCACACACACAUUCACAUUCUCACACACACAUAUAUACACACACACACAUAUAUAUAUAUAUAUAUAUAUACACACACAGACACACAUAUAUAUACACACACACACUCACAAACACACACACUCACAUUCUCACACACACAUUCACAUUCUCACACACUCACACACACACAAACACACACACAGACACACAUAUACACACACACACAAACACACACACAGACACACAUAUACACACACACUCACACACACAUACAUUCCACCACAGGGAGGUGUGCUUCGUCUACCUCUACUAGUACAAAAAAAUAAUAAAUACAAAUAAAACCUGAUACAAAAUGACCAAAAGGAGAUUUCCUGAAGUCUCUCGGCAGCUCGACGUGUCCCACUUUUCAUACGCAGAUUUUAUUCCUCCUAAAAUUCCUGUUUGUACAAAUGAAACAAAUCAUCGUUCCUUUUUUACACAUUUUAUUAAACUUUUUUCCCUUUAGUUUGGUUUUCACUACGUCAUUUUUACACCAGAAUAAAAACAAAAUCAUCCCCCCCCCCCCAUGUCUACAUUGAGGCACUCAUCUUUCCCGCCUCCGUCUCUUCAUCAGCUCGUUCUUUGUGUUUGUGGCUCCUCUCACUCACCAUUUCCUCUCAUCUCUUUGUGUAACGAUGUUUAAAUAAAAGUUUGUUUAUUCUCUAA